CUCUUACCCUCCGACAGUUCUUUUGCUGUUGUUUGACGUGGACGCUGGGAUUUCUGUUUUUCUUUUUCUUCUGUUUAUCAGACUUUUGGAAAUGGAGAUUUUCCGCUCGGUGGACUAGAAUUGCAGGACGCGGAGACCUUGGUCCAGAAUGAGCACGACAGCUGGUACCGGACCGGCCCCGUGCCGUUUCGCUCACUACUUCGUGAUAUGCGGAAUGGACACAGAAACUGGCCUGGAACCGGACGAAUCAGCCCGUGAGCACUUUGAGCAGAGCCCCCUCAAGCGCAGCUUCAGGUCCAAAAUUCUGGCCCAUUUCCCCGAAAAUGUGGACCGGAACCCCUUCAACCAGGAUGCCGUUAACAUGCUCUGCAUGCCGGAAGGCCUCUCUUUCCGUACGCAGUCGGACUCCCGGGACCCCCAGUUCCACUCCUUCCUGAUCCCGCGCGCGGACGGGUCGCGGUCCUACGGCUUCACGCUCACCUUCUACGAGCAGGUGAGGAGCUCCUCCAUCCGCUCUGCCAUGGAGACGUUGCAGCAGAUGCACCAGGCCGAGCAUACCUCCGCCUCCUCCUCCUCCUCCUCUUCCUCCAUGGACUCCCUCGCCAGCAGCCUGGAUGAGGCGGACACCCCCCUGGCCCCCACCUCCUGCGGGGGGUCCUACGACCCGGCCCGCGACACUCUGUACGUCUCCAAGGCUCUGUGCCUGGUUGCGCCCCUCCCCUUCCUGCACGCCUGCCGCGACUUCCUGUCCCAGCUGCACCGGGCCGUCGCCGGGGCCCUGCCUCCACCGUUGCCGCUGGAGAGCUACAUUCACAACCUGCUGUACGAGGUGCCUCUGCCACCGGCCGGCCGGUCCCUCAAGUUCCACGGCGUCUACCAGCCAAUCGUCUGCCAGCGCCCGGGCCCCGGAGAGCUCCCGUUGGCCGGCUUCCCCCUGCGCGUGGCCUUCCAGCUGCUGGGCAUGGAGAACCUGGUGCAGGUGUUCACCUGCGCGCUCCUGGAGAUGCAGAUACUGCUCUACUCACAAGAUUACCAGCGCUUGGUGACGGUUGCCGAGGUGAUCACCGCGCUGCUGUUCCCCUUUCAGUGGCAGCACGUGUACGUGCCAAUCCUGCCCGCCUCGCUGUGCCACUUCCUGGACGCUCCCGUCCCCUUCAUCAUGGGCCUGUCGAGCACCGAGGGGGCCGAGCGGUCCAAACUGCAGCUGCCCCAUGAGGCGAGCCUGUGUUUUGUGGACCUGGAUAACUCCUGCGUCGAGCUCCCGGAGGAUUUCCCGCAAUUCCCCAACAAGGCGGAAUUCACCCAGGAGCUGACUGAGGUGCUACAGAGUUUUGGGGUGUCGGUAGAGGGGAGCGUGGCCGUCAGCCCUUCCCCUGGCUCUUCUCACCUGAAGAGGCAGGCUCUGCUGGAGCUAGUGGAGGACGGGCGGAACGGGAACCUGGGCAGCGACGGAUUGGCGGCUCUAAAGAGGCUCCAGGCCCUGGCCCUCCAAACCGCCGUCGCCGUGGAGACAGCGGGCCGAGCUGGCACGGAGGGCCACGCCCCUGGUCAGGAGGAGGAGCUACUGGACGCCAAGCUGAAUGUGCAGUUGAGGGAAGUGUUCGCCGGCCAGUUUGUCUCCAUGUUCGCAAACUACGAAGCCUUCAUCAUCCAGAGCGCCCCCAACCUGGAGUCCUGGGUAACCAACCGAGAGCAGAUGCAAAACUUCGACAAGCCCUCCUUCCUGUGGGACCAGCCGGAGCCCAACCUGCCCUUCCUGUCUCGCUUCAUUGAGACACAGAUGUUCGCCUCCUUCAUCGAUAAUAAGAUCAUGUCCCAGUGGGAGGAGAAGGAUCCACUGCUAAGCGUGUUUGACGCCCGUGUGGAGAAGUUCCGCCUCUACCACGCCCAUGCACCCAACCCGCUGUCCUCCCACUACCAAAGGUGCUCCACCAGCCAGAAGUCAGCCCAGGCCAUAGCACAGAGGCUCCUGAAGAUCGACCACACAGCCAUCCACCCCCACCUGCUGGACAUGAAGAUCGGACAGGGCAAAUAUGACCAGGGCUUCUUCCCCAACCUGCAGGCGGAUGUCUUGGCCACCGGCCCAGCCAGUAGCAACAGGUGGUCAGGUCGUACAGCUGCAGCCCAGCGCAGGACGGAGAGUCACAGACAGCAGCCUGAGCACCUGGGACUCGACAACGGUAUAAAAGAGAAGUACAUGCAGGAGGCCAGGAGCCUGGGGAAGCACCAGUGGCAACCCACAUUAUCGGACCUGUCCCCUGCCCUCAUCGCCCAGACCAACAGCAGAUUUGUGGAGGGGCUUCUGAAGGAGUGUCGCAUGAAGACUAAACGCAUGCUGGUGGAGAAGAUGGGGGGUGAGCUGGUGGACCUGGGUCACGGGGAGGUCAGCCUGACAGGCCUGGAGGAGAACACACUGAUCGCCAGCCUCUGCAACCUGCUGGAGCGCAUCUGGAGCCACGGACUGCAGCAUAAACAGGGCAAGUCUGCCCUCUGGUCACACCUGCUCCUGUACCAGAAGAGGGAGGAGAAUCUGGAGCUGCAGCCCACAUCUCCAGUGUCACCAGACAAACUGAAGCCUGAGGGGGGCGGGGCCAUGCCGCCCUUGGGCGUGUCUCUCACACAGGAUAUGAGACACAUACAGAGCCUGACUGAGAUACGGACAGAGGUUGGUCGAACCCGGGCCUGGAUCCGACUGUCACUGGAGAAGAAGCUGCUCUCACAACAUCUAAAACAGCUGCUGAGUGACCAGGAAUUAACCAAGAAGUUGUAUAAAAGAUACGCAUUCCUGCGCUGUGAAGAAGAGAAGGAGCAGUUUUUGUUCCACCUGCUCUCCCUCAACGCCGACGACUACUUCUGCUUCACCAGCGUCUUCACCACCAUCAUGAUUCCGUACCGGGCCGUCAUCAUUCCCAUUAAGAAACUGAGUAAUGCCAUGACAACCUCCAACCCCUGGGUGUGUGUUUCGGGUGAGCUGGGAGACUCGAGUGUCAUACAGACCCCAAAGAAUGUUCUGGAGAUGACCUUUGAGUGCCAGAACCUGGGCCAGCUCACAACGGUGCAGCUGGGACACGACAACUCUGGGCUGCUGACCAAAUGGCUGGUGGACUGUGUGAUGGUGCGGAACGAGAUCACUGGACACACAUACAAAUUCCCCUGUGGUCGCUGGUUGGGUAAGGGUGUGGAUGAUGGCAGCCUGGAGCGGAUUCUGAUUGGUGAAUUGGUGGCUCCAUGUGGAGAGGAAGAGGCGGGGAAACCAUGCAGGACUCCGCCCCUUCAGCGCUCACCUACCCAGAUCCGACGCAUCGGCAUCACCGCGCUGACCGGCCGAGCCAAUAAGCCAAACGCUGCUCAGAUACAGGAGGCAAUUGGGGAAGCAGUGAAAAACAUCAUCAAACACUUCCAAAAGUCUGAGAAAGAGCAAAGUCUGACGGUCCUUCUUUGCGGGGAGAAUGGCCUGGUGUGUGCGCUGGAACAGUUCUUCCAUCACGGAUUUAGAUCCACUCGCCUGUUUCAAAAGAACGCCUUCAUAUGGGACUUUGUGGAGAAGGCCAUGGCCUACCUGGACUCAGCUGAUCAGAUGGGUGACCUGCAGGAGGCGCCCAAACCCCUGGGCCUCACCUGCGAAACCUUCUUCCGCUACGUCAGCGCCAUCAACGCCACGCCCAGAAACAUUGGGAAGGACGGAAAGUUCCAGUUGCUGGUUUGCCUGGGAGCCAGAGACCGGCUGUUGCCUCAUUGGCUCCCCCUGCUGGCGGAGUCCCCGUUCACCGAGUGCAUGUACAAAGAGAGCGCCCUCCUUCGCGACCGAGCCACAGUGAGCACGCUCAUUAACGUCUUGCACGAGCUCCAUGACUUCCCCAUCACCCUGGAGACCUCCUUCAUCAAGGGCAUUGACCUAUAGCCGCCUAGGACUCAGACGCACAGACCAUCGCUGCGAGCUGUGUGAC